ACUAAAAAAAGAUCAUCUCACGGAACUUUCAUCAAGAAAAUGAAGAAGCACUUUAUUAUCCAAGUUAUACCUAAACAUUUGGAUUAUUUAUCGAUCGAAGUCUGAACAACAAAGUGGAUAACUUCAUUCUAUUGACGAAACGUCAAAAGGCUGUCAAAUUUGUUAAACGUAGUGGUUUUUAACAGGUGCUUGUUAAUGAUUUUGCAUAAAAUUAUGCACAGGAUAAUUUUCUCGUAGGUUUAUAUUGGUUAUUUAUAAGCUACGUAAGUAACAAUUAAUAAAAUGUCGAUUAAAGCGGUUUUGGAUAGUAUGUUUUCACCGAGAUUAAUUAAAAUUUAUGGAAAUGGACCAGCUGAGAGACUCUAUGAACCUAAUGCGUUUGAAAAAUGGGGUGACCAAGUUAUACAAUCCUUAUAUAUCAUCUGGAAAAUCAGUGUUUAUUCAUCACCUUUUCUUACAACGUACUUAUAUAGAAAGGGAUACUUUGUAGCGGACGGUUUAUUAACUUUAUCAAAGUUUGUCACUAGUUUAGGUGUUAUUUUGGUUGUUUCAUUUUGUAUACGAGGUGUGGGAAGAUAUCAAAAUGCUACUUAUCAAAAAUUCGUUAAAACUUUAAGUGACAGUCAAAAAUCGCUUACACCUGCCAAUAAACAACAACUUUCAGCAUACGAUUUUGAAUUUUUUGGUUGGCCUGUUGAAUUUAAGUGGUCUGAUAUACAAGGUGAAUCUACAAAACCUCGGUUAUACAUCACACGACCAGUAACUCAUCGAACAGCUUUUCAAUUCGUUAGUUCUUUACCAUGCCAUAUCUUAGGUUACUUAGCUGUCCAUUCUUUUGGUAUUAGAUUAGUUUAUCCGGGUUCUUUGAGCCUGUUACAAACAAUUUUGGCUCAAGGCUUACUUCAAGGUCGUUCAAAACUUGUUGAAGUAAACGCUGCGAAACGAUAUAAAUUAUUGGCACGCGAUGGAAACGAAAUCGAUUCUAUGUUUGUUGAUAAAAGAGGUUUGUCACAUAAUGGUUCAACUUUGGUGAUUUGUUGCGAAGGAAAUGCUGGGUUUUACGAAGUUGGAGUUAUGGGAACUCCAAUAGAAGCAGGUUAUUCUGUUUUGGGGUGGAAUCAUCCUGGAUUUGCUGGAAGCACUGGUACACCAUAUCCUUCACAAGAACAAAACGCUAUAGAUAUAGUUGUUCAAUUUGCUAUACAUAAAUUAGGAUUUAACCCUGAAAAUAUAAUUUUAUUUGGAUGGAGUAUUGGUGGUUAUACAUCCAGUUGGGCUGCAAUGAAUUAUCCUGAUAUUAAAGGAGUGGUUCUUGAUGCAUCUUUUGAUGAUAUUCUUCCGCUUGCGGUUAAUCACAUGCCACGUUGGGCGGAAUCUGUCGUACGAACCGCGAUUAGAGAAUAUAUUAAUCUAAACAAUUUUGAGCAGUUAACAAAGUAUUCCGGUCCUAUUUUAUUGUAUCGAAGAACAAGAGAUGAGGUCAUGUGCAUUUCCGAGGAUGAUAUUAGUUCAAAUCGUGGCAAUAAUUUGUUAUUGAAAUUACUGAAAUACCGAUAUCCGUUAAUAAUUGGAGACGUUCAAAUUAAAGUUCUUAAAGAAUAUCUUUCAUUAGUUGGACAUUCUCAAGGUAAAGAAAUAUUUUUGAUUAAAACGAUAAUAAUUUUAAUUUUUUUAGAACAAUUUUUGCAUAGAUAUCUUUCUCAACCGGAUGUUUGUAAAUCUCUGCUUGAAAGUUACAUUUCAGAACAUUCAAACUCAUAUCCAAUGAGAAUUGGCGACGAUAUGGAUACAGAGAAGAAAAACCAAAUGUCGUUGUAUUUAGCCACAAAGUAUAUGAAAGAUUACAAGUCGACUCAUUGUACUCCAUUACCUGCUGAUAUAUUUGAAAUGCCCUGGGAGGCGAAUAUCGAAACAGAUUAUGUAUUUACUUAGAUAAAAUCCGGGUUAGGAGCAAUUUUUUUAAUCCUAUCCUUUUUUUUCUUUCCUAUAGCAAAUCACUGGAAUUCGGGCUCGCUUGUAGUUUCCGCGUUUAUCUAGGGUCUAUCUACCACGGGAGGAAAAAAACUUUCAAAAACAAUCCCCCAUUUUUUUUUUGAAUGAACGUUUCUAAAUACUUUUAAGUAGAUGUAUUUAUUUUGGAAAAAAAAGAAAUAAUGGCUUUGAAAAAAUAAUGAAUAAAAAGAUUAAUAAUUAUGGAGAUAUGUAUGGAGUUUAUGGAAUAAUAAAGAAAUAAUUUAAUAACA